UAUGAAACAACCCCCGAUUACUGGUGUCUUCUUCCUUAAUUUCCCAGAUUACAUCCGCCGAGAUAGUGACGGAGCCUCUGAAGAUGGCGAAGACUGCCAAGAUCAAGAAAAAUGCUACGGCAAAUCCGCGAUCACGAGCGUCUAAGAGAGCCACGUCUCCAUCCAUUGACGUCGAUAAAUCCCUGAGGGAGGCCCCCCGAGCAUCAAGUCCAACGCCUCUACUUGCCCCUCGGCCGAACAGUGGUGUCACCAAAGCGAAAAGGAAACAGAAGCCUUUGACAAAAGGCCAACGACGUCGGCACGAAAAAGGCCUGGCAAGGGCAGAAGUCGUGCAGGCCCAACUAUCUAAGAAGGUGGAUGAUGCAGGUUCUAGGUCAAAGAAACGUCGGGACAGAAAGAAGUUGUGGGACGAUGUGAAUAGCGGCGCCUCAAAUUUCGACAAGAUGAAGGCUAUUCUGGGAGAGAACGCAGACGAUGAGAACGAGGAAUGGGUCGAUGAAGAUAUGGAGGCUAACAUGACUGAUGUGAAGAUGGUAGAGGGUGUGCGAGUACCUGCGUUCGCACCAGCCACGAAACUGGUCAUUGUCGACCGAACAGCGUCUGCUCCAACUACUGACGCUGAGGACGAGGUGGAUAAGAUAACGUGAGACAAAGUGUCUAUUUCUUUGGUCUCAACUGUGUCAGCAUCCUCUCGAGCUCGACCUGUUGCUGCCCGUUGGCCUUGUCUCGCAGAGAUUCCAGCGAUGCCAGAUCCUUGGCCUUCAAUGCCUCCUCGCCAGCUUUGACGAUCAUGCCACACUUAACCCACAUCUCGAUACGUUCUGCCGGUUGCAGAUUCGUACAUUUUGGAACGAACGACGCGGCAAGUCGAGUGUUACCGGCACCGAGCACUUCGUUAUAAAAGGGCUGCAAUCUGUCAGGAGAGGAUUGGCUUUCGGAGACGGGGCACUUACCUCCCAACCGAUGGGUGAUCUCUUGUUUUUACUGAGCUCUUCCACCUCGCCCCAUAAUCGAGCUGCAGUCAACGCCCGAAGACGAAUCCACCACCAUGUUUUUUCAGGUACCUUGAAGGCAUUCUGAACACUGGCAGCCCUCUUGCCAUACCCGGACUUGAUGAGUCGGUACAUUGUCUCGUUCACGCUGAGGCCAACAUAACUCCCACUGCUGUCGGUGAUGUCCUUGUCAAAUACUUCCUGCAUCUUGAGUAAUUGACCUGCCUCAGCCAGGGCUCUAGUGUGCAUGGUAGCAGUGGGAUCUUUAGCAUCGGUGAGGAGUCUGCCAGCAAGUUUAAGUUUAUCAAUGACUGCCUGAAUCUGAGACUGUUUCAUGGCUUCUUCCAGCAGGAGAUUGGAGCCCUCGACCGGUCGAUCAUCUUGGUAAUACAGAUCUUUCAAUAGUUCUUGAUCUUGCGCUCUUGCAGAGCUCUCGACGAGCGCCGCUGCCACCGGCUUCUCACUGAUUGUCCGGAGGAAUGUUGCCAGUGGCAUCUUCUUCUUCAGCUGAAGCAGAACAUAGAACACUAGAUCAGUAUCCCCGGAUUCAAUAGCCUUGUGCAAGGCAAUCUCAUCUUCUUCCAUGCUGAGCAGUAGUGGGACUUGUUUUCCUGCUCGCGGCUCGUGAUUGAGAAGGGUCGUCGCGAGAUGACUUCGACCUUCGUCAUAAGCUGCUCGGGCUAUUGUUUCAAAUGAGAUCCCAUGUUUUCCAUGCAACCGCUCAACCACAAGUUCCCUGACUGCAUCAUCGUCCGCUGAUGAGCUUCUGACCUUUUGGCUUGCCCAAUGAAUGUAGAUUUUGUUGAGAGGUAGGUGGAGGAACUCGGAGAGCUUGAUGGCCAGGAGGUAUUCUCUUCUGUUGACCAAUCGUGCAAUCAGCCUCUCCGGCGUGAGGCGGACGUACUGCUCGUACGACAUGAAAAGGCCAAUACGAUAGUCGCGGACAGCGUUCAGUACCCUCAGAUCUUCGCACAUAUCCACGAAUUCAUC